AUGGGGAGCACGUGGGGGAGGAGUUUCUCCCUGAGCUCUGCCCUCCCGCAGCAGCAGCAGCAGCAGCAGCAGAAGCAGCAGCAGCAGCAGCAGCAGCAGCAGCAGCGGCCGCUGUUAUGUUUCACCAUUCAGAUGCAGUGGGUACCCCAGAGGGGGGAGAUGGACUGCGGCCUUGCAUGCGCUCAGAUGAUACUGAAGACCCUGGAUUCCUCGGGCUUAAGCCCCCAGCCCCCCUACUUGUUGGUUUAUAACGAAAAAAAAAACAAAGACAGCAGCAGCAGCAGCAGCAGCACUUCUCCUUUAUCCUCAAUAUACAGCAGAGAAGAUUCAACUGCAGACGCAGACAGCGACAGUGCCUAUGGGGCUGCAGGACCCUGGAUUCCUCGGGCUUAA